AGACCCGGGGCUGGAAUUCCCCAGGUGCGGCAGUCUUGGCUGCGGCGAAUUAAACCAACCGCGGUAGCUUUCGGUUUCUUUUCCUGGAAAAGGCUCCGCUUCUCGCCACUGAGCAGCCUGGCACAUUUCGCUGCCUGAGAUUAUCUGAGACUGGCGGCGGCCCGCCCCUUCCUCUACUCCUAGCCCUGUCCAAGGGCCAGCUCCGGAUACAAGAACCAGUAGCCCCUGACCCAGAUCGUUAGCCAAAGGGCGGAGAGACACAGAGGAAACCGGAUCAGGACCCCGGACAGCGCCCCGAGCAUGGCUGGCUCAGGGUCUCCCGGGUUGCUCCAAAGCUCCCUAAUCCCUUCUGGGGGUCUGUGCGCGCCGCUGCUGUUGGUGCUCAUGGACUGGGCGCUGCUCCGUCCGGCGCUGCCUCAGCUCCUGCUCUUCCUCCUGCCCACUGGGCCUCCGCUGCUCCGGCUCUGGGUGGUCGGCCUGGGCCGUUGGGGGACGUUGUGGCUGGGGGUGCAUUGGACCACUAACCGGGUCGGAGCUAAAAGCUGGAGGACUACGCUGGGGCCCCUGACGGCAGCGCUGGGGCUGGCGCUGCCCGGCCUCGCCUCGCUCAGGGCUCUGGGAGAGAGGCAAGCUCCGAGGGGUGCAGGCGGGGCCGGGCUGCUGCACUGGGGGAGCCGGCUCGACGCUUUCGCUCUCAGCUAUGCCGUGGCUCUGCCGGCGCUUGUCCUGUGGCAGAAACUUGGAAAUCUUUGGGUGCCAGGGAGUUCCACGGGCUCGGGGUCCAUCCUGCACCGGCUGCUGGGCUUCCUGGGCCCAGAACUGCGUCGCUUCCCACUAGUGAUGUUCUUCAUCCUGUUGUCCUGUGUAGGAGAGAUGGCUAUCCCAUUCUUUACUGGUCGCCUCACAGACUGGAUCCUGCAGGAUGAAGCAGCGGCUGUCUUCACCCGAAACAUCGCUUUGAUGUCGAUCCUCACUCUAGCCAGUGCUUUGUUAGAAUUCUUUGGUGAUGGAAUUUAUAAUUACACAAUGGGCCGGGCCCACAGCAACCUUCAGGGACAAGUUUUCCGGGCUGUGCUUUCCCAGGAGACUGACUUUUUUCAACAGAAUCAAACAGGUGCUAUCACUUCUCGGGUGUCAGAGGACACAGCCAUAAUGAGUGAGUCUCUGAGUGAGAGGCUAAGCCUGCUCUUGUGGUACUUGUUUCGAGGACUGUGUCUGCUGGGAAUUAUGCUCUGGGGGUCUCCAACCCUCACCCUGGUCACACUGAUUGCUUUGCCUGUACUCUUCUUCGUGCCCAAGGAGCUGGGCAAGUGGCACCAGUCCCUGGCAGUCCAAGUGCAGACAUCCCUAGCAGACUCGAGCCAGGUGGCUGUGGAGGCACUGUCUGCUAUGCCCACAGUCAGAAGCUUUGCCAAUGAGGAAGGAGAGGCACAGAGGUUUGCCAAUCAGCUACAGAAGACACAGAAACUUAACCAGAAGGAGGCACUGGCCUAUACUGUCAACAUGUGGGCCACGAAUUUCUUAGGACUCCUGCUGAAGGUGGGAAUUCUGUACAUGGGGGGAAAGAUGGUGACCAACGGGGAUGUGAGUGGAGGAGACCUUGUUAACUUUGUUCUUUACCAGAUCCAGUUUACCACUGCUGUUGAGGUGUUGCUCUCCACCAUUCCCAGUGUACAGAAGGCUGUGGGAUCCUCAGAGAAGAUCUUUGAGUACUUAGACCGUAUACCCCAAUGUCCUUCCAAUGGUCCCUUGGCACCUCCUACCCUGUGUGGCCUUGUAGAGUUCCAAGAUGUAUUCUUUGCUUACCCCAGCCGGCCAGAUGUCAUGGUCCUACAGGGAGUAACAUUCAGUUUGUACCCUGGCGAGGUGACAGCCCUAGUGGGGCCCAAUGGGGCUGGGAAGAGCUCAGUGGCUGCAUUGCUGCAGAAUCUUUAUCAGCCUACAAAGGGACAGCUGCUGCUGGAUGGAAAGCCACUGUUCCAAUACCAGCAUCGAUACCUGCACUCACAGGUGGCUGCAGUGUCACAAGAGCCACAGCUGUUUGGUCGGAAUCUAUGUGAAAACAUAGCCUAUGGGCUGGGCUGGAAGCCAGAGCUGGAAGAGAUCAUGAAGGCUGCCAGGGAGGCUGGAGCUCACAGUUUCAUCUCUCAGUUGCCCCAGGGCUACUACACAGAUAUAGGAGAGUCUGGGAGCCGGUUGUCAGGUGGUCAGCAGCAGGCAGUGGCCCUGGCUCGGGCUCUGAUCCGGAACCCCCGGGUUCUCAUCUUAGAUGAUGCUACCAGUGCCCUGGAUACAGACAACCAGUUAAGGGUUGAGCAGCUAGUGUAUGAGGCUCCCAGGAGGGCCUCUCAGGCGGUGCUACUCAUCACCCAACGUCUCAGCUCUGUGGAAAGGGCUGAUCAUAUACUCUUCCUGGAGGAGGGGGUCAUUCAAGAGAGUGGGACCCAUAGGCAGCUCAUGGAGCAAAGGGGCCGAUACUGGACCAUGGUGGAGGCCACAGGAGGGAACUCAGCUCCUCAGGACUGAGGGACAUACUUGAAUCCCCUUUAUGGGGGAAGCCGCAGCUCUUCUCUCAUCUCCUGAAAAUGGAAAGAGAGAGGAAGAGUUUCUUACUCUUUUUACCACGCGAUAUGAUUUAGCAGUUCCAAAAAGGGUUUCCACACCACAAUUAUACUCCUACUAAUUAUAUUCCCAUCAUCAACAUUAAUUACUUUGGUUUAAGGUUUUCUACUUCACAUUCCUCUUUUAAAUCGCAAAUACUAGUGUAGGGGAAGACAAUGAAGACUUUAAUGGGAACAACCUAGUGGGAAUUCAUUCAUUCUUUCAAUAAGCACUUAUUAAGCAUCAACUUUGUGCCAGCACUAUUCUAGGCACUGAAGACAGAUAUGAAGAGCUGAAGGCAGAAACAAAACACUCCCUGGCUCCAAGGAGGUUAUCUUUUAUUACUGCCUAGUUUUAGAGCUUACAAAGGAUAAAUAAGAACAGUAGUUAUCAGUCAUAUUUUAUAGAGCCAGAGUUCAAGGUCUUUGAGUUGAAAGGGAAUGGAAAAUGAGGAAAAAAGUUACCAGAGAGGUUGACUGGGGUGUCUCCACAUACAAAGUGAUGAUAGGGGCAUUGGAGGAUCAAUUCUCUACUCGACUGACACAGAAGGACUGUGGAAACCCUUGAUGCUGAGAAUAAAUUCUCUAUUUUCUUAA